AUGGCAAUGCAAAGAAGAUUGGCCACAGUUGACAGACUAGCAAGAUGGGGAAUACAGGUGAAUCAAUCUUGUGUACUGUGUGGAGGAGACAUAGAAGAGAUACAUGAUCACUUGUACUUUGAAUGUCCAUAUUCACAAAGUUUAUGGACAGGAAUACAAGAAUGGUUGAGAUACAAGAGGAAGAUUGAAGAAUGGGAAAUUGAAGUGCAAUGGCUAACUACCAGUGUAAACAACAGAAAUCCAAAGAAAACUUUGCUAGGAGUGGUGUUUGCAGCAGUAGUAUACAACAUCUGGAUGGAAAGAAAUGAAAGAAGAUUUCAAGGCCAGAGAAGAGAGGUUCAAGAUAGAGCAAAAGAAAUUGCUAGGCAGGUGCAUAUAUCAGGACAGAAGAAUUGUAAAUGGACACCUAUAUUGAAUACACUAAAUAGUUAUCCUACUUGUAAUCCAUAG